AUGGCUAAAGCGAAGAAGGCAUCAGGCUCGAGCAAGAAAACGAAGGAUCCGAAUGCACCCAAGCGUGCUAUGUCGGCAUUCUUCUUCUGGAUGCAAGAGAAUCGUGAACGUUUGAAGAAACCAGGUAUGGGCGUCGCUGAUGUGGCUAAAGCAGCUGGUCUGGAGUGGGGCAAACUAUCAGAUAAAACCAAAUGGGAAAAGAAAGCAGCAGAUGAUAAGAAACGCUAUGAGAGGGAUAUAGCCGCCUAUAAGAAGGAGUGA